CCGCAGCCUCGAGCCCAGAUGCGACUCUGUCUCCUCUGGGGCGCGUUGGGCGGGAGGCUAUGAUAAAGACUGAACUUGGUAACUUGCACACAGUAUAACAUAAACGCAAUUGAAUGCAAGUUAUAGCAGGGUUGGAUCGUUGUAAUUCUCGACAUUGAACCCUGAUAUUAACCUCACCAGCAGCCGAAACAGACAGACAAAAAGGACCGCUUCUUGUUCCUCCCGAAUCGCCUUUGAAUGUGAGCUGUCCGCGGUACCUGGACGGGAAAGAUGCAGCAAAGAAGAUGCGGCUUUUUAAUGGUUUUAUUCUUUUUACUACAGAUGGGGAACGCAGAUGUUUUUUCUGGUGACCAUGACCGCUACACGACCAGGACCGGUGAGGGGAGGAGGUGGUCGGACAGCCCGGUCCUGGUGUACCGUCACGUGGACCAAGAUGGCCAGGAGAGGACCCUGGGUCUGGAGACACCCGGGUGGCAACGUGGUGGGGACAGAGACAGUCUCCAUGCCUUGGUUAACACCCUCAGUGCCCAGCAUCAGGCCAGACUGGACAGCUUCAGCAGGGACAUGGCCAGGGUGGACAGCCUCCUCACCCAGUCCUCCCAGACCCAUGCCAGGCUGGCUAAGCUGAUGCCCGCUGCCCUGCUGGAGUCCCAGUCCCGCCAGGCGCCCCGUGGGCAUGGAGCCGUCAGCCUGUUGGCACAGCCGGAUCAGGAGGUACGGGUGGAGAACGCUCCGGUCUCAGCGCGCUGUAUGGUCACCGUGACGCUGCAGGUUGAUGUGAGGAGGUUAACCAUGUCUCUUCUAAAGCGGUUCAGAGAGGGGGUAGCGGCUGCUCUGAACAUCUCUCCCAGACACGUACACAUCAACAGACUCAAUGAGGGGACGAAUGGCAUUGAGCUGUAUGUGUCAUCUGAUAGGCCAGGGGCCACGGAGCCCCUCCCAGCAGAGGAGGUUAUUCAAUCACUGAACAUCAACACCCUGCAUCGUAGCCUGGGUCACUUCGGCAUCACAGAGGUCUCCUCGGAGAAGAAUGUGCUACAGGAUCAACAUGAGAGGGACAAUAUUUGGACUAAAGAGGGAUUCUUUGCUGCGGUCAUCUUCCUCACCAUCUUCAUCAUCAUAAUCACCUGUUUGAUGGUCCUCUACCGUCGAAAGGAGAAGGUUGAAUAUUCUGACAGGCAGACCAAAGAGCAGUCCGUUUUCCCCGGCCGCGACCUUCAGCUGACCCCUGUCACCGUCCCACCCCCGGCCCAGACCCAGCCCCAGGUCCUCUUCUCUAGCAGCAUGGUCCAAGCAGAGCCAGCACCGCCUUCUACACCCACAUCCAUACCUCCACCCAGAGCCUGCCGUCCUCCACCCACCACCCCUGUCCCCAUCCCUGUCUCCAGCUCCAGCUGUGGUCCUCCGCAGCUCCCCCCUGCCCACCAAAAACCCUGCCUGUCAGCCAGCCCCUCUCCCUUCAGGAUGAAGCCUGCCGCGUGUCUCCAGGAGAGGAGAGGCUCCAACGUCUCCCUGGUGCUGGACAUGUCCUCCCUGGCCUCGGUGGAGCCCCUGAACUGUGGGGUGGUGACCCCCAGAGAGAGGGCCACUCAGGAGUACCUGCAGUCAGCCGGCCGGACCCUGUCCAGACAGCAGCUACGAGAUGUGGUGCUCAACACACAGACGCUGCACGCAGAGUUCGCUGAAAUCCCAAUGAACUUUGUGGAUCCAAAGGUAAUGGACAUUUCCAGUCAUGGAACCAAAAACAGAUACAAGACAAUACUGCCAAAUCCACAUUCCAGAGUGAUCCUGAGGACUAAGAGCUCCUUCGACCCUCUCAGCAGCUACAUCAACGCCAACUACAUUAGGGGUUACCUAGGCGAUGAGAAGGCCUACAUCGCCACCCAGGGUCCCAUGAUCAACACAGUGAAUGAUUUCUGGCAGAUGGCCUGGCAGGAAGACUGUCCUGUCAUCAUCAUGAUCACCAAGCUCAGGGAAAAGAACGAGAAAUGUGUUCUGUACUGGCCAGAGAGGCGUGGUAUCUAUGGCAAGGUGGAGGUGCUCAUUAACAACGUGACAGAGUGUGACAACUACACCUGUCGGACCCUCAACCUGAAGCAAGGGGCCCAGAGUCGUGUGGUGAAGCACUACUGGUACACAUCGUGGCCGGACCAUAAGACCCCAGACAGCGCCCAGCCCCUGCUCCAGCUGAUGAGAGACGUGGAGGAGGACAGGACGGGCUCCCCAUCGCAGGGACCCGUCAUCGUACACUGCAGCGCAGGGAUUGGCCGAACGGGCUGCUUCAUCGCCACGACGAUAGGCUGUCGUCAGUUGGAGCUGGAGGGAGUGGUAGAUGUGCUGGGGAUUGUGUGUCAGCUCAGAGCGGACAGAGGAGGUCUGAUCCAGACAGAGGAGCAGUACGAGUUUGUCCACCACGCCUUGAGCCUCUUCGAGACCCGCCUCUCCGCCGACACCGGCCAAUGAACAGAGGCCAGGAAGUUUUCGUUAAAACAUGCCAGGUUUUUCCAGGAAGUGGAAUUUAAUUCCCCCUAGCGGGAAGGACCUAUCUUACCUGGUGACUGUGAGGUCCUGUGACUAAUGAGGAAGUGGAUGUUCGGGUGACGAUUGGAUGGUAGAUGUCCUUGUGGGCUUUGUCUUUGUGGACAUGUAUGGACAGCCUGGACUGCUAUUGGCUGAUUGAUUGAGUCUCCUUACAGAGAGAGAGAUGGAGGUAUGGACAGCCUGGACUGCUAUUGGCUGAUUGAUUGAGUCUCCUUACAGAGAGAGAGAUGGAGGUAUGGACAGGUGAUUAUGUCUCUGAAUGUAAUGUAUCCUUUCUUCUCUUCCUCUCUUUCCUCCUCCUCUUCUUCUACUACUUCCUGUCAUUCGUGAGCAGCAUCUGCUUCUGAAAACGUUGUUGUGAGCAACCUGCCUCUGUCCAAUCAAACUCUCUGAUACUGCAGCUCUGUCCAAUCAGAUUGCCUGAUAUUGAUUCUGUAGUAUAGCUACACUCUGACCUCUUACUACUAUGUGCUACAGUAGAUGGGUAGGUAGUCUGUGGUCCUUGAAUCGUCUAUGGUGUUUCUAUUGAAAAGCAAAAGGUACGCUGUGGAAAUGAAUAGCACUUGUCUUUGUGACUUUACUAGGAUAUUUUUUUAAUUGUGAUUAUUUAUUUAUUUUUUAAACUAUGUGCUGUUACACAAAGGGUAUUAUUCUGAAGACUGUUAUAUUCCACUGGAGGUUGGCUUUUCUCUCAGUAACACACUAGAAGCUGCCCCUCUGCCAUAUACUAUACCUCUAAUAGCAUGUUGAUCAUCCAUUGAAAGAUCAGUGUAUGAAAGGUGAGGGAACGAUUGGGCCUGUCUGCACGGUACUACACAUCACAAGGUCUUUACACUAUGGGGAUGUGGCCAUUAUACACACUGACUUGGAAGCAGAUAACCAACAUAAAAAGCCAGCCGACACACGGCCCUUCAGGAAUUGAGUUUGGCAGCCCCCUGCUAUAGGCCAUCCUGUAGAUCUACCUUAUUCACAGAGAACUGUCAUGGCCGCCAUGUGAUCUACCCUGGCUCUGAAACGACAUUUCAUCACUAAAUCAAUCUUAAUAACAAAACCUUUUUUUCUUUUUCUUUUCAGAAAAUCAUUUAUUUUCCAUUUCUUAGCUUUCAAAUCCAUCCUCAGGUAUAAUGUGUUGACCAUUAAAGGCCCAGUGCAGUCAAAAACAUGAUUCCCCCCCCCCCUGUGUUUUAUAUAUAUACACAUACUAUGAUGUUGGAAUAAGGCAGUUAAUUGAAAUUGAGAUAAAAACGGCUGCGUUGGGCCUUUAAGCAUCACAGAUAUAUGACAACUCUCUUUACCAAAAUGUAAACGUUUAAAUGACAUGUUAUGUUUCAUUGUUGAUCAUAUAGAUUCAAUUAUAGUAAUAAUUAUUAUGUUUUGUUUUAUACAAUAUUAUGAUAAUGUUUUGAUGUGUAACAGUAAACUCGUGAUCGUUUGGUACUUUUAGAUAUUAUGUUUUCUCUGUAUGACUGAAUGGUAUAAAUUCCCACACACUUUAUCUCUGGAACAAAACAAUUAUUACAAAGAUAACGUCAAUCAGA